AAGGAGUAAAGGUAGUGUGGAGUCAAACGAGGAAGCGGUCAAACCCCAGAAAACAGUGUCCCCGUCACUUUGUUUUCUCUCUGUCUGCUGUUUGAUCUCUUGAUCGCUUCUUCGCCUCAGUUUUAAUGGACGCUUCGUUCAUGUCCAGGCGACACCUGGACACGACGGCACUUGACGCGCACGAACCCUUCAGCCCGACAUCCAUCACUCCAACCAAGCGCCGCCACCUACCGCCGUUUCACACUCCCACUUCCUCGUCCACACCGCCGCCGCCUUCUUCCGUCACUUUCAGGCCUCCUCCGCCGCCCUCGCCCCUUCUGAAGCUCUCCUCCGGCGAAACCCUAUUCCGGAUCCUCUGCCCCGCCACCAAAACCGGCCGCGUAAUUGGGAAGGGCGGCGCCAAUAUCCGCCAUUUCCGGGAGGAGACCGGCGCCAAGAUCCGCAUUGAUGACUCCGCCCCGGCCUGCGACGAGCGCGUCAUCACCAUCAUUGCCGAUUCGACGAGGAGGGAUUGCUCCACUGGCUCCGCCCCGAGUCAAAGCAACUCGGAUUGUGCUAGCACAACCGCCGAACACCCACCUAGUUCGAGCAUCGACGACGAGGCAUCGCCCGCUCAGCUGGCACUGGUUAGGGUUUUCGAGAGAAUUUGGAAAGUUGACGAGGAGAGGGAGGGUGAAGAAAGGAAGGACGAAGGGAGUAAUAGCAUUGGAGGAAUUCCGCAGGGAAUGGUGGUUUGCCGGCUAUUAGCCCCGACUUCGUUAGUAGGCUGCGUUCUUGGGAGAGGAGGGAAGAUUGUGGAGAGAAUAAGAAAUGAGACUGGAGCUCAAGUUAGGGUUUUGCCUAAAGAUCAAAUUCCCCACUGUGCCUCCCAAGGAGAUGAGGUGAUUCAGAUAACAGGAAACUUCUCGGCGGUAAGAAGAGCACUGUUGUCUGUUUCAGGCUGUCUUCAAGAUAACCCUAGGGCAGAGUUGGCAUACUCAUCUACUCCCAAAUCCUCAGGGUCAUCAUUCCAUGGAAAUGGUUUGCCUGGUCCAGACCCUUAUUCGCUACCGGGUUAUGCAACAGGUCAUCAAUUUGUGGAUCAUCAUUCCAAGAAUUUUCAAUAUUCUUGUGCUGAGAGUAGUGCUAGUUAUGGUAUGGUUAAGGAAGAAGAGGUCGUAUUUAGGCUUCUAUGUAAAGUUGAUAAAGUUGGAAGUUUGAUCGGGAAAGGCGGCUCUAUUAUACGGGUGAUCGAGAGUGAAACUGGUGCUUCUAUUAAAAUUGUUGAAGUUGCAUCUGAUUCGGAUGAGAGAGCUGUCAUUAUAUCCUCACGAGAGAACUCCGAGCAAAGGCAUUCUCCAGCACAGGAAGCUGUUAUUCGUGUGCAUAGUAGAAUUGCUGAAAUUGGGUUUGAACCAGCUGCAGCAGUUGUGGCUAGACUUCUUGUACAUUCAAAUCAAAUGGGUUAUGUGUUCGGGGAUGGUGGUAUUCCAAUUGCCGAAUUGAGAAGAGUUACUGGUGCUAGUAUACGCAUUUUUCCCAUGGAACAAUCUCCAAGGUUCGGUUCCCAAGGUGAUGAAGUUGUACAGGUUAUUGGCAGCUUGCAGUCUGUCCAGGAUGUUCUGUUUCAAGUAACUAGUCGACUCCGGGAGACAGUAUUCACACUGAGACCAAAAUUUCCAACUGCAACCUCUUUGCCACAUCGCCCUGAAAUGCUGCCACCUGCAUAUAGGGCUCGGCACGAGCCUGCUUCUCCAGCUUACCACCCUCCACCUAGCAUUCCCCGCGGGGUUGACCAUGGCUUUGCUCCUCGAAGACCUUUUGAACGAGCAUCUGCAUUGACGCCGCAUGGUUUUGAUCAUCACUGUCCAACUUACCCGGACUCUGUCCCCAAUUUGUAUGGCAAUGAAAGACGUGGACAGGCUCCCAUCUAUGAUCAACCAAUCUCGCCAAGGUGUCCCACUCAGGCUUCUGGUGCACCAGCUGCAGAUGUCAAUGGAGGUUUUGCACCAAAUGAUGCUCGUACUAGCAGUGAAGAUGCUGUUGUUCAAUCACCUGUUGUUGUUGAAGUAAUGAUCCCUCAGUAUUUGUUGAAACAUGUUUAUGGAGCGGAUAAUAGCAAUCUUGAUUUCAUAAGACAGGCUUCGGGUGCUAAGGUAUCUGUUACUGAUCCGAGACCCGGUACUACUGAAGGCGUUGUUGUUCUGUCUGGAACGCAAGACCAGACACGCACUGCUCAGAACCUUGUCCAUGCUUGCAUCCUGUCUGAGCUACCAUUCUAGUCUUAGUUGCAAACUGCAGACAAAAGUAAGAUGACAGGAUCUGUUUUCUAUUUAUGAUGAGGAAAACCCAAAAAAUAAAAAAUAAAAAUGGUGCACAUUCUUGAGUUAUUGUCUCUUUUAUCCUAUUAUCCAGAAAAAAGGUGCGGGAAUUUGCAUUAUAUCAUAUAGAUUAUGAACUAGUAGAGUAGUUGCUUAGUGGCUAAGCCCACACAAUAUACAGGAUGUUUGUGUUAGUGUGGACUGCAGACAGAUGAAACUUGUCAAGUAGAACUAUAUGGCAAUGGUAUUGACUCUCAGUUGUAAAUAUUGAAUCUUCUUGGUUUUUAGGGCAAUGUUUGGUUUUCUUUCUCUAAA